AGUAUCUAUGGAGAAUAUUACACAAUAGGGAAAGACUGAUAAGGAGAGUGAAGUUGACAGGUAUUUGAAAUCCAGAAGUGCAGAUGUAUAACGGUCGGCCAGAACUUUUUGAAUCUGGUUACGGUUUUGAAAAAAAACACACACAAUUGGAAAAACACACAAUAUUUUAAAGCUUACUUCACUUAAUAUGGCGCCAUCGAUAUAAGAAAACAAAACGUAAACGUAUGGUUUACCACAUACAAAGAACUCCCGUGCAACGCAAGCAUUAUUUUCAAUCAAUCACUGCCACUGGAGGGUGUCGUUCCAUCGGUCCAUACCUUCGCGGCAUCCGCCGGUUCCGACUUGCCGAUAGUGCCCGCCUAACGUGGCGUUUGAUUGGCUGACGACAGGGACGACACGAUAAAUGGAUAAAAUAUCGUCUAUAUUGGCAGUUAGUGUCGCGUUGCCAUUGAAGAGUGACUCCACUUUCCACAGGGUAUAGAAGAGAGUGAAAAAGAUUCCGCUUCGGUGCGUUUCAAUAAUCCGCCUCCCAAGUCGGCCAUGCUCGAGCAUUGGAAGGAACAGGGUGCGCCACCCAAUACGCUUCAGAGCAAUCGAUAAAGCGCGAAACGAAAAUCAAUAGCCGUUCAUUCCGUCCUUUCACAGCGCAGCAUUUUCUGUGUUGUUAAAGCGUGGAGAGUAUGGGAAGGUGCUUUUUUCUCAUUAGAAUGAAAGUACCACAGUUCAUCGUUGGUUGUGUUAACUUCCAAUGGAUUUUAAUUUGUUUAAAAUACUGCUAAAAAUUGUUGACAUGUUUUUGAUAAUCAGUUUCCGCGCUAACAUGAACGUGCAGACGCAUAAAGUUCAUGCACAGGGUGCCAAUAUUAUAUGCUUUGCUAUUGACCCUACAUCAUGUUCACACAUUGCAUCCAGUCAAGUGCACACAUUUCAGUUGGAACCGUUCGUUAAAAGCCUUUAAUCCAUAAACAACAUGCUUCAUUGGAGUUUUCGCAACCAUUGCACGAGCGGCGGACACAAAAACUAAAUUGAUUGCUGCUACCCGAGAGUAUCCGAGUAGCAAGGCGGGCGGCAGGCAGGCAGUCCUCCAAUCCUGGGUGUGCUGUAGUGAUGCUUGGAAAAAGCCAUCCGACCAGACCGGGACAAGCCAGACUGCAUUAAGCAAGGGAUUUUAAGGAUUUGGUUCGGGUGAAAUUUAUCGCCCUAGCUUUUCCGUUACUCGUGUCUGAGGAUAAUGUUUAUCGUGCUUGCUUUCAAUGACAAAGGCACUAGCACUAGCACAAAACGAUUGAAACGUAAAGUCUAAUAUAUUGGCCUCGAGCAACAAUUGCUGGUGUGUUUGGUUGGUUUUAUAAAUGUGUUUUUUUUUUCUUUUGCAUUCGCUAUAUAUUUGUAAAUUUGUGUUUGUCUUUUAUUCAAGAAGUCUUCUAAGCGUUUCAGCUGUCUCAUGACGUGGACGACAUGUCAUUAGGGUCAUUUAAUCGUUUGAAUACAAUGAUAGUAAAAUUAAAUUGCACUCUUGGAUGCUUAUCCACAUAUCUAUCCUUCGUUUGUUUUAUGAUCCACUACACACGACGUGCCAAAUAUCAUUUACAGUACACGCAAUUGAGUCCACACAUACACUCUCAGCAUACGACUGUUCCGAUAACAGGAACGGUAUAAAGUUGCCCGGUUGAAAAUACAUAAGAUUGUGAAACCAAUUGGAAGUAAUAUGCACCACAACAGCUGUUUCAAUUUGUGUGCUAUGUGCGAUUAGGGUAAAAAGACACUUGCUGUACAUCAUGCUGUUCCUAUAGACUAUUUUUAAAUAAUUAAAAAAUAUGCAAAUAUUUCCUUUAAUAUGGCCGUUUUAUUAAAACUGUUUUGUUAGAACCAUGCAGAACGCGUUGUGAAGAGCUAGAGUAUUGAUCUACACUCUUGACCAUUUUGCCAUCAAUAUCUUUAUUCUUACACACAUAGCGUCAUCAUCGAGCCUGAACAAAAAUUCUCGGAACUCGGAUGUUUACAUAUCGUCCUUUGCAUAAAUCUUUCAAUUCCGAACCCUCACGUUUGGACCAACCAUGUUGAUUUAGGAUCAUCGGUAAUGUAACGAAGAUGUAAAAGUUAUGGGUGUUGUCCUUGGCCCUGGUUUUAGAUGUGUUUAUACACAAAAGCUUCAUCUAACUGCGUGUUAACCAUGGCAAGGGGCAGACCUAUAAUACAUCCAAUAGUUGAUCGAUUGAGUUUUAAGGUUUCAGAAAAUGACAUCCUUAAAUCAUCAAAAUCGAACCUAACGAUAUGUAGAUGAGCUGGAAUUUAUUAAUUCUUGCCAUGAUUGAUACGUUUGCAAAAUAAUGUUUACAGCAGAUUGUUGAUUUUGUAUGAUUAAAAACAACGAAUAUUGGGGCCCUUCACGAUUAUAGUCAGUUUUUUUAUGGAGUUUGACAUUUGGAGGCUGAAAUCAUGUAAACACUCCAUACAAAACCACACAUAAAACUAGCCUGCAAUUUUCAGUCUAGAUUAUUCUAGCCUCAAAGCUAGAAUUAGAUUCGAGUACCUGCUCGAAAACACGGUGUUGUUUACAUUUAUCCCAAGGUGCAUUGAAGAGAUCAGGUGAUGGAAUCUGGAAUCAAAGUGUAUGUAGUCCAGGUGCUCUCAUAGCUUGUUUUUAUAACCAAAUUUGAAUAUCACUCUUUGACAGGAUGGGUGCAAACUUUUUUUCAAACGAGCUUUUUGGAGGCUUGACGAAUACUCAAAACACUCUUAAAAUCUUCAUUCAGAAGCAGAAGCGAUAAAAAUCUGUCUUCUAAAUUCAUACACUUUGGCAUAAGCCCACCUGUAUAUUAUACUCACUUAGAUAGCUGCUCGAAAACUGCUAUACAAUGCAAACAGCUGACAGGCUGAAAUAUCAGCCUACAAGCUUACAACGGAAAGGGCCCCGUUGAUGUUAUUUUAAACCAAACAUGGAAUGGGAUUUAGUUUACACUCCAAUAUUAAAUACUCGACACAUUUUCAUUUGUUGCAUGUUCCGAAAAGAGACCUCUACAUCUGAAAAAUAGCAAAUUCUGCUCACGUUGUCGGUAAUGUAGCUGUACUCUUAGGGCAGUGUAGCAAUAUUCGUAAAGUACAUUAACGGCAGGGAUGUUACAGUUUCAGUAAAAGAAACUAUCACCAUUGAACAUGAACACAUAAUACCCUUUCCCAUGCUAGUGGUAUGGCUAUACCAGUGUGCACUCAACUCCAGCACAAUUAUCAAAAUAGAAAGUGAUUAAGUUUGAUUGCUCCAGAACCAUGUUCAUUUCAGUCAUUGGGUCUGCUGAACACAAUGCAUCGUUGCUGGAGCUAGCAAUAAUUUUCAUAAAGGUUGAAUGAAUUUUGAACCCUCAUUAAUGGCUAAAGUUUUUUUGGUUCGUCCUCUUGAGCUGAGUAAAGGUUCGUUGUUAGGCGUUCGUCCUGUGCUGUACUAACAGCUCGUUUGGAAACAAUUGUUCAUAUUUCGUUACCAGAGCUCCAUGCACUGUGAAAAGCUUAGCAAAGAACUGUACAGAUUGAUUUUUUCAUUUAUGCUCCAAAACGUGUACCGAAAGUUAGUUAAAGUUUAACACGUCAUACAGCAUAAAAGAAACGCUCAAAUGCUUUGUCGCCAUGUGGUUUUAAUCUUCCCGUUAGUAGAAAGUUUCAACGAGACGUUCUGCCAUAUACACCUUCAUCUGGAUUAUUUUCCGAAACCGUCCGAUGAAAAGUUUGCCAUUGAUCGACUUAACAGGGAAUUGAUGAAAGUGUGUGCGAUGUGGUUUCAAUGGUUGAGUGAAUCCUUGUGGCCAGCUUUACGCAAAAGCAGCAUGACGUCGGCAAUAUUACUUGAUGAGCAUCGGUCCAGCCGGGGCCGGGCAAAAAUUGAGUUCUGAUCAAAAGUUUUGAACCAUUUACUUUUGCGUGCUGAAACCGCAGCUCGUACUUUGAAAACUAUCGUCCCUUGUUGCAGAGUAGUGGCAACGUUGCGAUGUAGUCUUUACCACGUGUGAAAUGGUUCUUUGGGCAUGGGUUUAGUGUUGCUCGCCAUGUUGUUGGGGUGAAAUAUAGAACACAAUCUUUUUUAUUGUAUCUUGAUGCAAACCUCAAAUUCAAAAGACCUUAACAAUUGCUAUAUGUGCAAUAACUUAUCAAGUUAUCAAGAAAUUGGUCCAUUUGUACGUGCUUGACCCGAACUGUUCUUCGACUUGUGCCAACACGGCUUCAUGCUGGCUGCUAUAUAUCAAUAGAGCGAACCCAAAUUUCCGUCAAUUGCUUCCGCUUGUUUCCGAUGACAGGCGAUUUCCCGUGACAGAUUUCUAUUACUGCAACAAUACGCAACGCGCCUUAAGCCUCAUCGUCGGUGGCAUUUUCAUUUUUCUGGUUCAAAAAAGACGACCAGCCUACACUAUUCGGCACAGAAAAUCGAACAGCAAUGAUUUGUUCACUGAAACGUGAUGGAUUUGUGGUGAUCGGGCACGUCAAUGAUGUGUAUGUGUGUGUGCAAAAAAAUAAUAACCACAACAAUACACCGGAUGGAGAGAGCGCGAGAAGCGUAUACGCAAAGAGAGGGGCGGUGUGCCAAAAUUUGAUUCGACAGUAAUUCUCGCCGCCCGUCCUUGGAUAGCGUGUGAACAAAAGCCGACACAGCCUCAAAGGAGUCGAAUAAGAAAACUUCGCAUUCGGUGAAGCGAAAUGAAAACAAAUCUAUUGAAUUGAUUUUCACAGUUGCCGAUCGAGGAAAGUGUAUGGGAGUAUUGCGUGGUCAGCAUUAUUUCUGAAUCGUAUCACUGAAUCGGUUAAUUGAAAACUAAAUUGAUAUUAGAGUGAGAGGGCAGUUUAUUUCAAAUACAGUUUCGUUUUACUAUAUUCAAGCUAAGGUGAAAAUAUAUGUCUUUUCUAAUUAAUUUAAUUUAAAAAAAAACUAUACCGUGCGACAUUAAAAACAUAAUGCCUUUAGUUACUCAUUUAAUAAAGAAAAAACAUUCACAUAACCCAUUUGUUCAACAGUUUAACAGUGACACGCUACAGGUUUUUUUAUUUUACUUGGCUAGUUCGAAUGUGAACAAAAGCUUUUGCUUAAGCUGCACCUGUACUGGAAUUCUAAUGGGAUCAUAAACAAGCGUUUCAAUUCUAGAAAGCUUUCAUGACCUGUACGUUUCGUUAUGCCCCAAAGUUCACACAAUGGUAGAAAUUGGUGUACGGAAGGUGAAAAAAAAACGAACAUUUUCCCGGAAGCAAAGUUUUUAGUUGUUGUUGGCGCUGUUAGCCCCACGCCAUGAAACCCUCCCGCUUGCCCGCUCAUUUCAAGGAUCAUUAUCGCGGAAGUCACUAUCGAACCAACAAACUGCACUUUUCCGCCCGUUGCGCGCGUCGGGUGUAACCCGGAGCAACGGCGCUCCAGCUCCGCGGCAUGCAACCGUUCGGUGGCGCCACCCUGAUGAGCCCGGCACGGUUAAACCGGAAUGACGAUUGACGAACGGAGUUUGUGUGUGGGCCCAGCCGACCCGAGCCUGUCAGUUGCAACUUGCACAUCAUGCACCACGGUGGCAGUGGUAGUAGUAGUGAUCCGCGCUAUCGACCGGGCGGCUCCGAAGGUCGCGAAAGUGACAGUGACAGUGGUGCGAGAUGUCGGUCAUGGGGCCGACAGUGGGUGCUGCACUUGACAAUGGUGGCCCUGUUUUUGACCUCCUACGGGUACGAUCCCUACCUGCGAGAGCGGGAGCUCGAGCAGCUCGCCCUGGCAGAGGACGACGACGGUGUGCUGCUGAGUGUGGCGUCCCAUUACCAUGAUCCCGAGCAGGACGAUCCGGGCGAGGAGGACAUCGAAAUACACUACCACCUGCUGCUGUACGUACCGCGAGUGUUGGCGGUGCUGCUGCUGGCUGUCGCUCCGCAGAAAGUGUCGAUCGAGCUGCUGGCGAAGAUCGUACACUUUGCGCAUCCAGUGAUUGCGCUGCUGUACGCGCUUCUUCACAUUCCCGACUUCCUAUCCUACGAGCUGCGGUACAUUGGCUGCCUUUCGGAGCUGUUUUGGUCAGCGAAGCUGGUGCUGUACCUUUGCCAGCUGGUGGUGUGCUCGCCGAAAGCCGAACGGCUUUACUAUCUGAUCGCGGGCGCCUUAGUGUUGAGCCUCGGUUCGGCAACACAACCGUUCGUUGCGGAACUGGGAACAAUCUAUCCUGCUUUGUCACAGUACACGCUCAAUUUGGCCAUUGCGUUGCUACAAGUGGGCAUCUGUCAGCCAAUGCUGUUCUGUGGCACUUGCGUCAGUUGCGACAGCGCCGCAACCAAUUCAGCGCAAAAGUUAAGCUACGCUUUGCUCAACCAAUUCACGGUGGUGAUUCUGAUAGCGACCGUUGCUUUAAAUAGCAUCCUUUUCCAAUGGUUUCUUACAGACAACUCAACCUUACUCCGGCCAUUUCUACCGUUUCUCAGCUCCGACGAUCUGUUCGGCGUGUUUUGGCAGCUGUUCUACGUGGCGGCUGUAUUUUCCACGUUCGGGUUUCUGCUGAUAUACCUGCGAACGGCAGAUCUGAUGGUGGCAUCCUUCGGAAGUCAGUUUCUUGCCGGCGUGCUCUACCUCUAUCUGGAGGAACCGAUUGCUGCUCGGUUUGCGCUGAUUACGAACAGCUUCGCCGUUGCAACUGGACUCGAGCAGCUGCUAACGCUUUAUGGACUGGUGCACAAUGCAGUGGCUGUGCUGGGACUUACCUUUGCACUAAUUAACCUGCAGCCAUACGCGUUCUUUGGGCUGCUGCUGACGCUGUGGAGCUCGCCGGAUAUUUGUGCGGUGGUUGUGCUGGCUUUCAAUGGAUUCUUUGCGCUGUUUUUGGUGGUGGUCCGAACGUGGCUAAACUGUGAGCCAACUGCACACGAAUGUUCGGCAACUGGGUCGAAAAAGUUCGCCACCCAAAUUACUACCAUUACGUGAAUGUGUUUUGCGGUGCCCUUUGCAUGUUGGUUGUUGAAUAAACGUUUGUAUACGAGUUGAAUUGCACAAUGGAAA